GUUCCGGUAGUUAACCUACAAAUUCCUCAGCGUAUAAAUAAGGAAAAUCUAAGAAUCCUAACCAAAAACCGUUUUUGUUGGCAUAAUAUUUGGAUCGCGGAGAAAUCUACAUUCGCCGAUCAUGAUGCUAGUUCUGGUUUUCAUUUGUUUGACCAUCUGUCAGGUCGCCCGAGGCAAUGGCGUGUCUGCCUUGGCAUAUUCAUCUCUAAUGGUUGACAAAAUGACCAGAAUGGAAAACAAACUUGCUGAUCUUGAAAACAACUUGAAAGAGACGCGGGUGAAGAUGGAGACAAUGGUUCAGAAUGUGAAUGGGAUACUGGAUAGGAGAACAGGUGAACUGGAUCUUAUAAAAGCUGAGUUAGCUACUCCAGUUGUUGCUUUCCAUGCAAACACCCCUGAUCAGACCCUGAGCCUUAACCAGAUUAUCGAUAUGCAACACGUGACCCUGAACGAAGGUGGAGCCUAUGACAGUAUCCAUGGCAUAUUCACGGCCCCAUACUCCGGUGUGUACUUCUUUGCAACACAGAUCUGCUACUCGUCGGCGAACACGUUCUCUUACAAAAUAAUGGUUGAAGAAAACGAGGUCGGUCACAUUUCCCAAUACAACUACAACGGUUUUAUAAAUUGCGGAUCGGCACACGUUGUAACAGCCGUAAAAGAGAAACAGAGAGUGUGGAUAAAAUCUUACCAGACAGGCCAAUUCAACUUAAACAACAACGGCACGUCAUUCAUGGGCUUUCUUCUGCAGAAAACCAAAGGGAAUGUUGUUUAGCAUAAAUGCAAUAUUUGUUCUUCUGUCGCUUUUCUUUUGAAUACUGCUAGAGAAAGUACUAACACUGACAAUCACUUCGAUAUUGUUUGGUACUGAUUUCACACAUUAUUAUGAACAACAGAUCUGUAUUAUAUUUUCAUUUGUAUCACUAUGUGUAUUCUUUGCCUUGAUCAAUAUGUGAACUAUAAAUAAACAAAAGUGACAUAACGGCAUAUGUUACAU